AUGUUAGCACCCACAGGGAAAGCAGCAUAUAAUAUAAAGGGCAAUACCAUUCAUAGUGCUUUAGCAGUACCAGCCUGUCAGUCAUUAAAGAACUAUAAGAAACUUGAUUCAAGUAGGCUUAAUACAUUAAGAUGUCAAAUAGGUGGACUUAAGUUUAUAUUUGUAGAUGAAAUAUCUAUGGUUGGUAAUACUAUGUUUAAUGUCCAAUUCAAUAAUAGACUUAAAGACAUCAAAGGCAGCUCGCUACCAUUUGGCGGUGUUAGUAUUGUUGCUAUAGGAGAUUUGUUUCAAUUACAACCUGUAAUGGAUGGUUAUAUAUUUAAAGAUAUGGAUAAUGAUGAAUAUGGUGUUCUUGCACCUAAUGUAUGGCAAGAACUUUUCAAAAUGUUUGAACUUAAAGAAAUCAUGCGACAGAGGGAAAGCAAAGACUUUGCUGAAUUAUUGAAUAGAUUAAGAGAGGGAAAUCAUACUAAAGAGGAUAUAAUCAAAUUAAAGGAAAGAAUUCUUAACCACACUAGUGCUCAGUAUCCCAAAGAUGCACCUCAUUUAUUUAUUCAAAAUGCUAAAGUCAAUGACUUCAACUAUAAAGCUCAUAAUGCUCUUCAGGGUCCAAAAUACUCUAUUAAAGCACAUGACACUGUCAUUGGAACAGAUUCGGAAGAACUUAGAGACAAAAUAUUAAAGCAAAUACCUAAAGAUCCUAGAAAAACAAAACAACUGCAUUCUGUUUUGCAUUUGGCAAUUGGUGAAAGAACAGAGAUAUCACUAAACACUAGAAAUGAUGAUGGUAUGACCAAUGGUGCUGGUAGUGUCAUAAAAUUUAUGCAAAUACAUAAAACAGACAAACCAUCAGGUAUUAUAUGGGUACAGUUUGAUCAUGCUGAUGUUGGUCAAAAAACCAGGCAUGAUAAUAGACAGCUAUAUGUCAAUGAUAUUGAACCAACAUGGACACCAAUCAAACCUAUUAGCACUCAAUUUGCUGUAGGUAGAACAAGAUCUGUACACGUGAUGAGAAAACAAUUUCCACUUAGACCUGCUGCUGCUAAAACAAUACAUAGAUCACAGGGUGAUACUGAAAGUAGAAUUGUAGUAAAUUUUGAAACCAAAAGAGCCAUUCCUCAUAUACAUUAUGUAGGAUUAAGUAGAGUAACAACUAUAGAUGGUCUAUAUAUAACUGACUUAUGUGAAAGCAAAAUAGCUGUUAAUACUGACGUCCAAACUGAAAUGCAUCGAUUGAGAACUGAAGGAAAACUGUCACUUUCUGUUAGUCCCAUAUAUGAAGCACCUCAAGCUAGUAUUAAAAUCUGUUUUCUCAAUGCAAGAUCAUUGCACAAGCAUAUAGAUGACAUACGUCAUGACUUAAAUUACUCAAGCACUGAUGUAAAUAUUUUUUCAGAAACAAGAUUUUUUUAGCAUGAAAAUGAUGAUUCAUAUCUAUUAGAUGAUAAAAACUAUACAUUGUUCAGAAAUGAUGGUACACCAAGACAAAAUGUAAGGCCAUAUGGAGGUACAGCAGUGUAUAGCCGUCUUGACUAUUACCCAGGAUAUCCAUUUUGUAGUAAUAUACAUGGUGUAGAAAUAACUAUUUUGAGGUUUAUGAUCAUACCUCAUAUUACAAUAGUGGGAGUAUACAGCUCACCAACAGUAUCAAUAACAGAAUUAUGUAAUGCUAUGAAAGAGACACUAGACUCUCUACCAAAACAAAUUAACAUUUUUAUUUGUGAUUUCAAUGUGAACUGGUUCAGUGAAUCACGCCGUGCAUCACUUUAUAACUUUUUUAUAACACAAAAUUGUUAUAGACAGCUAGUUUCAUGUAGUACAACAGACAGUAAAACCUGUAUUGACCACAUCUACACUAAUUUACCUGAAGUGCAAACAAGCUUUCAGAUUUUGGAGACAUAUUUUUCUGAUCAUAAAGCCAUUUGUGUAUUGAUAAACAGCUUCAUUAACUAAAGGCAAAAUUUGAUAAUGGAGUCUAUAAAUACAGUUAAACAGUAAAACAAUUUACAUUACACACUAGUUUAUUUAACAUUAGCACAUACUGAUUAUGUUCUUAUAAGACUACCGGUAUUCUGAAUAAUUAGGUACUUAUUAUAAAUAUUAUGUAUUAGAAACACAGUUAAAUACACUCAAUAGUGCAAUUGUUUAGAUACACUUUAUUUCAUUACAGAAUACCAACAUGAGCACUCCUACAACAAACCCGUAAGUACUUGUAUCUUAAUUUCAUUUCUAUUUUUCGUUUCCAUCUUAUCUUAGGUAAUAUCUUUGUACUCUUUGCUAAUAUUAUUACAUAACAUCUCCUUUUAAUUGCAGACAACAACAACUCAACAAAGCUGACAAAGCUGACGACUCACCAGAUGUUCAACUAGAGGGUUUUGUUCAUAGCCUAAGUCCUGUUAAGCAUGCGAAAAAAAAAAAACAGAAAACCAUACUUUGACUGUCUUGUCCAAACUGGAGAAGCUGAAAAGGUCCGUGCCGUGUGCUAUGACCCACAGCUAAGAAAAAAUCUCCUUGAACCAUACCAAAAUAAAUCACCAAUAAAAAUCACAGCCACCAAAAGAAUGGCUAGCACCAGUACCUCUGAAGAGUUCAGAAUGACGAAAAAAUCAAAGAUAACAUCAGCAGCGCCAGAAUUCUCAUAUAACUCCCAAGUUGUCUCAUCUAUUGUGACGGUGCAAGAAGCGUUAUCAGCGCCAGAAUACAAGGCAGUUGACAUUGUUGCUAAGGUGGUAACAAAGAAUCACGAAAAUCAAUUGAUCAUUAAACAAGGUCAACAGCUAAAGAAAUCAGACUGUAUCAUUGGUGAUGAGCACAAUAAAACUCACUCUCUGGGAAGACCUCAUUGACAGAGUAGAAUGUGGAAAAACGUACACAUUUAAGAAUGUUAGAAUCAGAGUAUUUGAUGACGUUAAAUAUCUAUCUACAAAUACUUCAACAUCAAUUGAACCAGCUGAUCGACAAAUCCAUGACAUAAACUUAACAUCUGAGCAAUUUGCUGAAAAUAUUAUCGAGGGACGGUUUAUCGGUGCCAAUGUGAAAGCAGCAAACUCUUGUGUUGUAUGCAACACCACGCUAAAUCAAGAUGAUAGUGAAGAUGACAUGAUAACAUGUCCCCUGCCAACUUGCCAAACAACUAUGCUCUUUUCAGAAUGCCAAACAAAACUGGUUUGCAACUUAACUGUCAAGAAAACUGAUGGCAAAAUGCAGAUGUACACAUGCUUUAAUGAUGGCCUGCAAAGUUUUCUCAUCUCCAUCAACAAAGGCGACACUAGAAUAGAUGACUUAUCACCUAAAGAACUGAACAAGCUUUUCUUAACUGCUGGAACUAAGCAACUUAUUGUGGAUAAUUCAACCUCUGUCAUUCAUCAGGUUCUCUUUUAGACCUCAAAACACGUCGAAGGUAUAAACACUACAGAAAAACAUUUAUUUGCAUAUUUUGAGUUUUUGUUGAACUACAGGCAUAAGUCUGAUAUUCUCUGCUUUUCUUGUAUAAUACAGAGAAAUUCAUUCAAAAAAGUUAAAUUUAGAGUUCGUUUAGUUGUAAAACUGGAACCAGCAUUAUUGUUCUUGUUCAUAUUGUAUCUAGAUGACUGUGUACAAUGGUCUUGCUGAUAUUCAACUCAUAUUGAUCAUAUUGUAUAAGCCAAAAUCUAGUUAUUGGUCAACCAAGACCAUCCAUGAUAUAAUCAACAAACAUUUCACAAUUAUAUUACAAAAUAGAGUGAAAGUACAGACAAAUAUUAUUUUAAAGGGAUUUUAUUGAAUAUAUUUUUAUAUAAGAUGUUACUGUUCAUAUUAUAACUAUAUCAAUAUUUUUGAAAAGCCACAAAAAUUGUAUUCACGUUAUAUAUUUAUAUUGAAGUGGAAAUAAAAUGUUUAUAUUUUGCAAAA